AUGGAAAUAACACCGGUGCACACCCUGAACCUAAGCGGCGUCCUCUCCACGUCAAAGAGGAUUAUCAGAGCUAACUACUCCCACUUCCUCGCCUUAUCUCUCUUCUUCCUCCCUCUCUCCAUCUCUCUCAUCAUCACUCCUACCUUCCACCACUCCGGCCACCACUUCACCGUCGAUCUCUUCCACAACUUUCCGCAAAAUCAUAAGGCUGUUAGUUCUCAUCUCCUUUACAUCCUAAUCAUCUAUCUCUCCACUCUCUGCGCCAUAGCCACGAUCUCCUACAGUACAUACCAUGGUUUCGUAGGUAAGCAGGUCAACUUCUUUACCUCCCUUAAGUCCCUAACCUCAUCCAUCUUGCCAGUCAUCACAACCGCUAUUGUAGCUCACAUCUAUCUAUUUCUAAUCUCGUUAACUUUCCUCCUGUUUGUUGGAGUAAUUUUUACGUCGGCGCAAAGCUUAGGGUUUGUAAUCGAUUACAACUCGAUUCACUUCACGAUCUUUUCCGUCGUCGUAGUUGCGACCUUAAUCGUUAUAAUAAUCUAUUUCCACUUGAAUUGGUCUUUGGCUUUUGUGAUCGUUGUUGCUGAAUCGAAAUGGGGAUUUGCGCCCUUGAUUCGGAGCUCGUAUUUAGUUAAAGGGAUGAGAUCUGUUUCAUUCUUAUUGUUGUUGUAUUUUGGUAUUUUUAGCGGGCUUUUUGUGUGGUUAUUUUCGGACACUGCUUAUCCUCCGGCGUCGAGUGGCCAGAGCUUUCUAGGGUUUCCAAUGCUUGGUUCCUUCUUCCUGAUGCUUAUGUUCCUUCGGAGCUCUGCUAGCCACACUGUAUUGUAUAUGUACUGCAAGGCUUUGCAUGGUGAAUUGGCACUUGAGAUUGAUGAGGGGUUUGAUCACCAUUACAUCAACUUGCCUUCUGAUGAAGAGAAAGUCCCUCAAAUUGUUUCUGUUGUAGCAGCUUGA